GGAUGUCGCCUUAGAUCUGUGUGACGGCGCGUUCCAGCCAGACGUCUGCGCCCAUGCUCCUGGCGUCGCGCUCGGCAUCGUGGACUCGCUGAGUCGGCAAUUCCAGCUAGGUCGUUCCGUCGUCUCGCACCCUCUGCUGGCAGAGGCAGUCGAGGCGCAGCUGGGCGUCCGGUCGAACGAUCGGCGGCGCGCGCUGCGACCCCCGAGCGCGGCCGCGGAGCAGCGGGAGUAUUGA